GGUCAUUUGAUAAAUAAUAUCGCUAAUUAAGGGCCAUAAUGAAGAUAAUAUCAAAUUUAUUAAAAGAUUCACUUGACGAAUGGCUUGUGAAAACGACGGAUGAAAUAAAUAAGAUAAAUCCAAUGGUAGACAGAAUGAUGGAAGACGAUUCAGUGGAAGGAGUCAUAAUGACGAACAAAGAAGGAGUACCUAUAUUAACAAACACAAACUUAGUCGCAGCCACGAACUAUGGAAUUGGAAUGAGAAAUUUGGGACAAAUGGCACAAAUAAGUGCACAAGAAAUUGACCCUUUCGACGAGGUCUUAAUUUUAAGAAUUAUAACAAAGAAAAUUGAAGUCAUGGUGGCACCACGUCAAGAAUUCGCUAUAGUUGUAAUGCAACAUGCGAGAACCAAUAAAAAAAAUGCAAAGCUGAUGGAAGACAAAAUGAAUGCGAACAAUAAAUAAAAAUUAGUUAUAUUGAUAAUUUUUAUGACCUUGUUAGAAAUAUUUUCAAUAAGACCAAAAUAAACGAAUAGAGAGAAAUACCCAUA